AUGCUGCCCAGCCACGCGCAGACCACGAUCGUGAAGAUGAUUUGGGACAAAAAGUUGUAUCCGGGCUUGACGAAGGAAGGGCACGAGGUGGUACGGCAGCAAAUCGGCUUGCUCUCACGAUGCGGUCUGGUUGAGGAAGCCAACAGCAAGCCCAGGUUGCUGAAAGCAUUUCGUGACGCUUACCUCAAAGCUUCCGUCCUGGGCGCCUACGGAUGUGCUGGAUUGCGCGCUGUCUCCGAGGGCGACGAGAAAAAGGCGAAGAAGGACAUCACGAAAAACAGCACCGAAAGAUGGGAAUUGGUUUUACGUCCGGUGCAACAAAUGUGGACGUAUAUGAUUGAGUAUUUCAAGUUCGAGCGGCACGGGACGAACGACGUCGUUGAGACCUCGGAAAUCGGCGGCCGCCCAUUCUACCUCGAAGAUUCGUGGACCGAACGGCAGCUCGAAAUUGUCAUGCAUCUACGCGAAAUCGGUCUCGUCUACAUCCGGAAGCGGAAGGACGGCCAUUUCUACCUCUCGCCGCUCCUCUGCAACCCUACGAUUCCGUCGGACGAUAUAGAUACGAGUAUGCAACGAAGAGAGGGGAUGUCUCGUCGUCGAGACAAACUAUCGCGUCUACGCGUACACGGCAUCCAGCUUGCAGCUGGCCAUCUUGUCGACAUUUACCGAAUUUUUGUACAGGUGGGCAUCACCGCCCAGCAGAUCGUCUCCUAUUUGCGGAUGAACGCACAUCGACAAUCGCUCUCUCGCUUCGGACCGAUUCUCUGUGUGUUC